CCUCUGCACAUACUCACACCUCCGUGGACUAAAAUUGUACAGAAAUCAACAAUUAGCUUAUACUGCACGUGAGCAGGCUAUGCAUUCACCAGGCAUUUAACUUUCAAUCAAAGGAGCUUGUACCGACACCCUCUGCGCGCACUUUUUUUGUUAAAAGAAGAAAAAAAAAAAAAAAAAAGAAUAUUACAAAAAGAGAAACUUCGGGGUGAUCGUAUUGGAUUAGAUGCAUGUCACUUAUUCUUUGCCGUUUGUAGGCUAAGACGAGGAGCGGCGCAGAUUCGAGAGACGGGAUCUAACGGAAUAAAGUGCGUAAAAAACAAGCUAAGGAAGGGGAGGAAAAGUUGCGUUUUCUGUUGUCCACGCAUCGUCAUGCCGAGGUACAACUUCUUACUGUGCUUGAUGGUGCUCAUCUCCUUGGGACAGUCGGGGAGCGAUGAGCCCAAUCUGCUGCUGCCUCCUGCCAGCGAGACGCCCACGGAUGCCGGGCUAUCUCUGCUGGACGAGGACGCCGGUUCUCACGAGUGUUCCGCUUGUGUUUGGAGGGAGCAGAGCAAAGUGCUGAGACUGGAGACCAUCAAGUCCCAGAUCCUGAGCAAACUGCGUCUGAAGCAGGCGCCCAACAUCAGCCGGGAGGUGGUCAAUCAGCUGCUGCCCAAGGCGCCCCCGCUCCAGCAGCUUCUGGACCAUCACGACUUCCAGGGAGAUGCUUCGUCCCAGGAUGAGUUUAUGGAGGAGGAUGAGUACCACGCCACCACGGAGUCCGUGAUUACUAUGGCCUCUGAGCCGGAGCCUCUGGUGCAGGUGAAUGGAAAGCCCAGCUGCUGCUUCUUCAAGUUCAGCCCCAAACUGAUGUUCACCAAGGUGCUGAAGGCCCAGCUGUGGGUGUAUCUGCGACCGCUGCAGCAGACCUCCACCGUCUACCUGCAGAUCCUGCGACUAAAGCCAGUCACAGAGCAGGGCAGCCGCCACAUACGCAUCCGCUCCCUGAAGAUAGAGCUCAACUCCAGGGUCGGCCACUGGCAAAGUAUUGACUUUAAGCACGUGCUGCAGAACUGGUUCAAACAGCCCCACACUAACUGGGGGAUCGACAUCAACGCCUUUGACGAGAGCGGCAAUGACCUGGCAGUUACCUCACUGCGACCUGGGGAGGAGGGACUGCAGCCAUUUCUGGAGGUGAAGGUUCUUGAGACAACCAAACGUUCUCGGAGAAACCUCGGCCUGGACUGCGAUGAGCACUCCACUGAGUCUCGCUGCUGUCGCUACCCUCUAACUGUGGACUUUGAGGCGUUCGGCUGGGAUUGGAUCAUUGCCCCUAAACGCUACAAAGCGAACUACUGCUCUGGCCAGUGCGAGUACAUGUUCAUGCAGAAAUACCCGCACACCCACCUGGUGCAGCACGCCAACCCGCGAGGCUCCGCGGGGCCCUGCUGCACCCCAACCAAGAUGUCUCCCAUUAACAUGCUCUACUUCAAUGACAAGCAGCAGAUCAUUCAUGGCAAGAUUCCAGGGAUGGUGGUGGAUCGAUGUGGCUGCUCUUAGGCUGCUGGAGGAAGCACAUUUGUGUAAAGCCCACAUUAAACCACCUGAAACCCUUUCUGAGCUCUCCCCUGGCACCAGAACCCACUCCUCGGCACCAGAUUUCACUUCUGCUCAGCCACAAAAGCAUUCCACUGGGUUUCCAUUUGUCCAGUAAUUAAACUGAUUCUAACUGUACAAAAAAGUUAUAAAUGAAAUAAGAAUCAAAACAGAACUGAGUGAUGGAAAUACCGUACAUUAUGAAUGAUUUAAAGAGGCUGUACUUGUGGAGCAGCUUUCGAAAGUGGUAAAUGAGGCGCUAUAGGAUAUAUGUUAGUUUUGUGGGUUUUUAAAAUAUUUUUUUAAUGACAUCUUUGUGAAAUAUCCAGGUUAGUGGAUUGAAAUGACAGGAGACGGGAGCAUUUACACUUUUAAGAGCAAUUCCAGUUUUGAGGUGAGUUCGCAAAUACUUCAUUCCACAAAUACGUUUACUUCCAGUGUGAUAAAAAUGUUCUCAAAGGGGCAUUAUCAAAAUUAUUUUGCAAUCCAUCACUUUAACAAAAGCUCAGAAACAAAAACAAACACGAUGUGAAGAGGUUUAACUUCUGGACGUACCAUUAGAUGAAAUCCAAAAUCUUCCUAAGAGUGUUAGUGAUAUCCAAAAAAAAAGAAAAAAAAACAAACAAACAAAGAAAAUAAAACUGCACCCUCUUUUAAUGUGUAUUACCUGAGUUUGACAUUUUCAAGUAUCUCCAAAAUCUCUUCACGGCAACUUUGAUUUAUUUUUUUUGUUUGUUUGUUUUUAGAUUUUUGUAAUUAAAUAUUAAGAAAGGGUUAUACAGAUGGUCCAUAACAUGUUAUGUAAUAUGUAAUUUGGCCUCUGUACUGAGAGAGGCUUUCAAAUCAAACCCUUAGGAUGUGAUUCAAGUUCAGCCUUAAUUUAAGGGGUUUAACAAAAGUAUGGCGUUAACUGUUUAGGAGCUAUUUUCAUAUAUAGUUCCUCAUUUUCAGUGGUUUAAAACUAAUUGCGUAAAUUAUUAUACUUUAAAUAUAAGAAUUGUUUUAAUAGUUGAAUUUUUGAAUUGAACUAUUGUUUGAAUAGUUGAAUACUAAAAUGCAGUCUUCAGUAAAAGCUACUGUCUACAUUUACUUUUGUAUUUCACAUGAGAUUCAUGCUCUACUGCAGUGAUGGGAAACUCCAGGCCUCAAGAGGUUUUACAGGUUUUAGAUAUCACCCUGGGUCAAUACACCUGAAUCUAAUGAUUAGUUCAUUACCAGGCCUCUGGAGAACUCCAAGACAUGUUGAGGAGGUAAUUUAGCCAUUUAAAUCAGCUGAGUUGGAUCAAGGACACAUCUAAAACCUGCAGGACACCGGCCUUCGAGGCCUGGAGUCCAUAAAUUGUCCAAUUACUUUUGAGCCUUUGAAAGCUAUGGAAACUAUGGGUAUGAUAAAAAUGAAUGAAUUCCUAAACAGUUAAUUAAUAUCCUGAACUUCAAUCACAUCUUGCUUGUUUUAUUUAAAAUCCAUUGCAGUGGUGUAAAGGGGCAAAAAUCUAAAAACCAUCUUAGUCCAAAAAUCUAUGGACCUAACUUUACUAGUUCAGCUCAACCUUUAAAAAUAGAUACAUAAACUCUGUAUUGCUGUUAACCAUUUGGCAAAAAAGAGUUUACCUUGCACACUGAAGUCUAAAGAAAAACUGAAAUCCAGAUGCACCAAGUUAUUCAGUACUGUUUUGGGGAGAAGGAAGAGGGCAGGCUUUGCGUUUUUUUUUUUUUUUGUUUGUUUGUUUGUUUUUUGUUUUUAAUUUAUCCAACAAAGGAAAAUCACGUUCAGCUUUUGCAGUAAAUGUUUAAAACAGAGAGUUAAAUGCACUGUUUUAUAACUUGAAGAGGCUCGGGACUGAAUAUGUAAUAAAAAAAAAAUAACAAAACAACAAAAUGCAUACCCUGAAAUAAAAGACUCAAUGCUCAUUAUGUCCUAAGUGAAUAAUUGAGCUGAAAUUAACACAAACCACGAUUACAGUUUUAUCACUUUAAGUUUACAUUUCUUUUUGUGCAGUGUUUGUGGUAGAUGCAUUACUCCUGACACACCAGUUCAUGCUUCUUCUUUUUUUUUGCUAGUUUCAGAAUGGAUAAAAAUACAAAUGCAAAAGUGCAGUAAUGUACUAAGACAUUUUAGCUUUUAUGAUUUACAGCAAAGAAAACAAACAAAAAAAAGAUAAUUUAACUCAACCACUGAUUUUAGCUUCGAAAACAUAUUUGACUGCAUUUUGAAAUGCCCCCAUCCACAUCAACCUCAACUGUAUCAUCGCUGUCAUAAUGGGAAAAAAAAAGUAUUUGUUAGUGCUUGAACGCAGAGUAGAAUUAGUAUGCUUGAAGCUUGUCUUUGUCUCCUGGGUAUCAAAGCAAAGAUAUCCUUUUGUUAUAAACGAAAGCACUAUGCUGUUGGAUAAAGGAAGAGCCUUCUGACAUUAUAUAUAAAUGAUAUAUGUAUAUAUUAAAAAAAAAGGGGUACAAAAACCUUUUUGGGGGCACUCUACCUUACCAACAAUAAAUUUUGCACUAUGGGACGUUCAUGGCGUGAGGAGGUAAGUGUUGUGUUUUACCAAGCACAAGAGAGCUUGUACAGUAUAGGUUAAAAAAAAAAAAAAGAAACUAUUCAAGCUUCUGGUGAUGAACCAUAAACUAGCGAGGUUAUCACUUCUUUUGGAUGCCAUCACACUUUCCUGACUUUGUCUGAAGCGGGGGCCUGUCCAUACACUCACAGAUCUCUAUCAAAUCUUGAACCUGGAUGUACUGUAGCAGCGGCCUGAAAGGCCUCCACGCCCGCUUUGGCUGAUAAGUCUUGUGCGUAAUAAGUGUCUGGAUCAAUGACUGUAGAAUGCUUUAACUGGAAAAGGCCCGCCCAUCAACUUUAACCUGUCACCGCAUUAGAGAGACUUCAUUCUUUUGACGUUAAAAAAAAAUGAGUCGAGUGUCUUACGUAGAAGUUUGGGGGGGAUUUUAUAUUUUUUUGGUUUUGUUUGUUUGCUUUUGCCUUUGUGUGUGUUUUAAGUGAAAGCACCCAUGUAAGAAUGGGAGGAGUACCCAGGGACUGUUAGCCAAAGUAGAGAAUGACAUGUUGUGUGCUGUAACUUUUGUAAUUGCAGGAAUAUGCUAGAAAAUUUCAAAGGGAGGGAAAAAAAGUUGGUUUAGGGGCAGUGGUUGGGUUAAAAGAAAAAAGAAAAAGCUGGUCCAUUUUUAUUUAUUAAUAUUAAAUACAAUGCAUUUCAAAGUCUGUCUACCUCACGUUAGCCUAAAAAUUUGCUAUCAGUUUAUCAGAAACUUUUACUCAUAAGAACAUCCCCACCCGCACCCCAACCUUCCAAAAACAGAUGAAAACCACAGGGUCCCCUUGCUCUCAGGUUCAGAUUGAGUUAUUGACAGAGUGACUGAUGGUACCAGUUCUGGUAACGCAUGGUCAAAAUAUUAACUAUGGUUAACGCUGUUGGGAAGUUACAUUUUGAAUUUUAGUCUUUGUAUACUGGUAUAUGUAAGAGGGGUUUUUUUUUCCAUAUAAUUAUAUGAGAGUAAGAAAUGUAAAUACCAACCCAAAUGUUGACAUUUAUGAUGUUUUGGACAGGUUCACCGCUUCUAAUGUUUUUCUCUCUUUCCCUCUUCAUUCCUCUGUUCUUUGUGUAGUUAAAGAAAAAGAAAAAUCACCCCACGUUUGUAGUUCUAUGGUUGUGCAUAUGAGUAACUGUUCAAUUAUUUUUGCCUUUUGUUGUUUAUUUACUGUCAUUUUUCUUUUGUACAAUAAAUCAUUUAUUUAGCUUA